AUGCAACACCACGGCAGGCAGAGGGACUCUUCAGAUGAACCAGAGAGUUUUGGCAGUGGUCAGGCAACAGGACUGGGUUUCCUGGGUUUCCUUGUGACAACAGACACAAGGAGACAGGUCCCUAGAAAAGCCCCGAUGGACCAGCCACCGCCCCCGCCACUUCUGACCAGCUCGGAGGUCGACGUGGACCUUGGCUUCGCACUCUUCUUCCUCCUCCUGCUCUGUGUGUUCCUGUUGGCCACCAUAGUGCGCUGUGCCCAGACCGUGGUUGAUCCCUAUGGAGCCAUUUCUACCUCCACUUACCAGGAAGAGCAAAUCACCUGACCAGUUGGCUUAUUUGGAACUGUUGACUUGACUUGUAGUCAUUGGUUAGUCAUGCCAUGUGUGGUGGGGGAUGAGUUUCCUCUGAACUCAAACCAAGUUAAACACAGAACACCAGUUGUCCAUGCUUUUGUUUUCUCAGGACUGUUUGUUUGAGGUCAAAUUCCAUAGGCAAGAAAGGAGAGCAAUUACAUUCACUACGAAAGGUGAUGUACUCAAAUUUACAUCAAAUUCCCCUGAAAGCACUUAUUAAGUGGUCUUUAAUUUGUAAA